AUACAAGUUGAUACAGCCUGGAGAUACAUUCAGAAACUUUACCUGAUCUCACCCAAGAUUAACAUGGUUGUAGACUGCUACCCUUAUGAGACGCGAACGCAUGUUACGGAGAGCGCCAGUGAUGAAUCGACGAAGAUGGUGACAUUUAAGGACCAUGAAGAGUUCUCGUUUGGUUCCUGGGUCGACGUUUCUAAGAAGGUAUUGCCUUUACCGAGCUGGGCCUCUGUUGCUCGGUUGAAGAUGGAUGAGUCCAUUUUGAUCGGUGAUCAAGAAACAGAAGAUGAUGGGGCAAGUGAAACUGUUUCGCCGCAAAUGAAUCAGUUAAGAACUAGAGGGGCAUAUCCUUCACAAAUUGCAGGGUGUGACUGA